UAUCCAUGGCUUUUCAUUAAACCUAGCACUUCAAAAGCUGGUUUCAGAUGUCCUUGGCGGAUUAACUUGUGGAUCAAAUACUUGUAGGUAGUUUGCCAAGGAACCACAGCCUUCUCUGUUACCAGGGCUGGACCUCUAUCCAGUUCAACUCCGGGCAUCCAUUGAUGAGAUCAAUGAGAUGGUCUACGACGCCAUAAACAACGGUGUGUACAAGUGUGGCUUUGCCAAGAAGCAGGGGCCGUAUGACGAGGCUGUGACAAGAUUAUAUGAGGCUCUUGACAAAUGCGAGGAGAUUCUUGGCAAGCAACGGUAUAUAUGUGGCAACCAGCUGACAGAGGCUGAUAUUCGCCUAUUUGUGACCCUAAUACGAUUUGAUGAGGUUUAUGCUGUUCGCUUCAAAUGCAACAAGAAGCUCCUGAGGGAAUACCCAAACCUGUUCAACUACACCAAGGAUAUCUACCAGAUCCCUGGCAUCAGCAGCACGUUGAACAUGGAGCACAUCAGGAAGCACUACUAUGGAAGCCACCCAUCUAUAAACCCCUAUGGGAUUAUCCCGGCGGGCCCCAACAUCGACUACAAUGCCCCACAUGACAGGGAGAGGUUUGGCUCGUGAGGGAUCUUGUACCGUGCUGUUUUGUGCUUGAGAAUCUUGUG